AUGGCGUCGCAGCGCAACAACAGGCCGGCGCGCGGCUCGAGUCGCAACGACAGUGCGGCCGAGGAGGUGCAGCUAUGGGAGCAGAUCCAGGGCGAACUGAGGCAGAUCGUGGACCAGUUCAACGCGAGCACCGAGAUCGGCAGGAAGAUCAAGACCCAGGACCAGAUCCUCAAGGAGAACCCUGGGCGGACCACCAUGGACGCGACUUUCAAUGUGCUUGAGGAGCUGCUCCGGUCGGGUGUUAAGACAAAUGACGAUCUGGUUGAAAAGAUCCGCGCCGUCCGUACAAACAUUGAAAUUCUCAGCGCCCUUUCCAAGGCCAAGGACCCGAGCGGCUCUUCGGGCGGCAAGAGCAGCCAGCACCUGAAUCCGUCGUCGGCCAGGAGUAGCGGCCUAGGUGGGUCGAGCCGUAACGCGAGCCGAGGCGCCACCGCCACGAGGGAGGCGAACCGGACUAAGGAUAAGGAGGCCAAGGAGGCCAAAGAGGCCAAGGAGGCGUCGUCGCAAAAGGAUCAGAGUUCUUUGUACGACUUUGAUGGAGCCGAGUCACCCGUGCCGUCACCACACGGCAAUCACACCGUUCGUAAGCUCGGCAGUGAGCGGUCUGCCGGUAGGGACAGCCUCCCACCGCGAGGUGACCGUGACACACCGUCCAAAGCCGACAGCGCCGAACCGCCGCAGCUCCCAGCGACUGGGUCGUCGGUGGCGUCAUCCACGUCCGCGUCGGCGGCGGCGCUGCAGCGGUCCAAGGUCGUGUUUGCCAAGGGCCAAGACGUGGCGUUCAAACCCAAGCAGGCAAACAACAGCAGCAAUAACGGUGACACGGCCGAUUGGUUCCUGGGACGCGUUGCGGCCGUGUUGGGUGAGGGCAAGUCACGUCGUUACAAGGUUAAGGACGAGGACCCGGAUGUGUCACCUGACGAGCGAAAAGAGUAUCGCACCAGCGCCAGCAGCAUGAUACCCAUCCCCGCCGCGGGCGAAAAGCUGUCCAGCCUGGACAAGGGCAAAAUCGUGUUGGCUCUGUACCCGGACAGCACGACUUUUUACAAGGCCGAGGUCGAGAGCAUCGACGCCGAGACGGGUAAGGUCAGUCUACGGUUUGAGGGCGAGGAGACCACGGGCACGUUGCAACUUGUCGAGAGGAGAUUUGUUGUCGAGUACCGCCCAUGA